AUGCAAGACUCUGAAUCCAACCAACCAAAAGCCAGUAUCAUCACCAACCUCGCUGGAUAUGGAGUUGAGAUAGAUAUUCUGGAUCCACCACACGGAACGGCACCCAUCGUUCACCCAGGCGCCGCCAAGACCUACACUGAUCGUAGAACGGAAUCCGAACUGCUUUCCUAUGACGGAUAA